CUGAUCUGGUACCUUGGUUGUAAAAUGUUCUUUGAAAACCAGUCACCGUCAACUUCCUUUUCCGGUCUAUAUUUUUACUAGAUACCCAUAAUGGGAAGAGUAAUUAGGUCCCAGAGAAAAGGGCCUGGAAGUGUUUUCAAGGCCCGCACAAGAAACAAAAAGGGUAGAGCAGCUUUUAGACCAGUUGAUUUUGCUGAAAGACAUGGUUAUAUCAAAGGAUGUAUCAAGGACAUUAUACAUGACUCAGGUCGUGGUGCUCCUCUUGCUAAAGUGGUAUUCAGAGAUCCAUAUAGAUUUAAACAAAGAACAGAGACCUUUGUAGCAGCCGAAGGAAUGUACACUGGGCAAUUUGUUUAUUGUGGCAAAAAAGCCUCUCUCCAGAUUGGCAAUAUUUUACCAGUUGGUGUGAUGCCAGAAGGAACCAUUGUAUGCUCACUGGAAGAGAAAACAGGUGACCGAGGACGAUUGGCCAAAGCUUCAGGUGGCUAUGCCACAGUAAUCUCACAUAACCCAGAUACCAAGAAGUCAAGGGUAAAACUGCCAUCAGGCGCCAAAAAAGUUAUCCCAUCAGCAAACAGAGCUAUGGUUGGAAUUGUAUCUGGUGGUGGACGUAUUGACAAACCCAUGUUAAAGGCUGGUCGUGCAUACUUCAAAUACAAGGCAAAGAGAAACUGCUGGCCUAAAGUUCGUGGUGUGGCUAUGAACCCCGUUGAACAUCCCCAUGGUGGUGGUAACCAUCAACAUAUUGGUAAAGCCUCAACAGUAAGAAGAGACACAUCAGCUGGUAGAAAGGUUGGUCUUAUUGCUGCCCGUCGUACUGGAAGAAUCCGAGGUACAAAGAAACUGCCAGUUAAAGGAGGAGAGAAAGAAUAAAUUAAUGGGACUGAAUAAAAUAAAUAAAAAAAUCCAAGUUA